AUGGAGCUGACUUUCUUAAAACGCUGCUAUCACAAUAUCUCUGAGGGUCAAUUGGUUGAUCGGGAUUCUUCCCCCAACAUCUCUGGUCUCACAAGUAGCCAAAGUCCUACAUCUCAGGCUUCAAGACGGGAUACAGCAGUCCGAGAUAGAUCUGCAUCUCCAAGAGGCGAGCGACUAAAUGGGUCUUCGCUUCAGAAUCUGAUACAACAACGGGGGGAAUUUACCGCCCCUGAUGCAGGUCCAGCUGCAGAGGUCGAUCAAGAAUCUCGUCGUUUUGCGUGUGACUCACACCCUGUAGCGACACUCAUGGAGCAGAAUGAGUCAAGGCUGAAGGGGGGUCGAUCCCAGAAAGGGGAUGUUGGUGCAUGGUUGGGUGCCGAGGAGAGCUCCAUUGACCAGGGCGAAAUUCCUAGCUCCUCUUCACAAACAGUACUAGGGACCCAUGCUCACCCCGACUGGCUGCCCCCGAAAGACUGCGAGGAGGCCUUGCUAGAGAUCUACUUUCGUCGGAUACACCCAUUACUGCCUCUUUUUGACGAAGAUAGCGUUAGAAACCAGCAUAGAGCGGGCAGACUCCCUCUGCGGCUUGUGCAAGUGAUUUGCCUUGUUGCAGCGAAGGACCAGGAUGCGGUGCCUUUCUUAUGCCUUGGUCCUAAUUCAAACCCCCUUCCACUAGAGAAAUUCUGCAGAAUUCUCUAUACUGAUGCCAUGCAAAACAUCUCGAGAAAGGCAGAGAAAAAAGUACUUGCAAUACAAAUUUUGGCUCUUCUCUCACUACAUGAAUGGGGCUCCACUGGAUCUGAAGAGUGUUCUUUGAAUCUGGCCCAGGCCAUCCACCAUGCCCAGACUAUGGGGUUGCAUUUGAUGAGGCCAGAGCAACACUCUGGUACAUCUUCCAGGGGUCUUUUCUGGUGUUUGUGGAGUCUAGACCGAUGGAACGCUGCUAUGAAUGGGAGGCCUUUAAUGAUACACGACGAAGACCUAAGUCAAAGGGUGGACGACGUUGCUUCAACGUUUCAAUCGCCAUUUCGUGUCUGGCUUCGAAUUGCCGAUAAGCUCAGAGAAGUGAUUCACUUCUACCGACCGAUCAUGAAAGGCGUUGAUCAGAGUGAACUCGAUCUUCCGUCCUUUGAGGAUAUUGUGGAGGACUGCAAGGCUUGGGAUACGUCCCCAGACCUACUUGGUAUGAAUUAUUCCGCCCUUGAGUUGCAACAUUGUCUAACCACUCGACCGACAGAGUCUCUCGAGCUUGUUUAUUAUGCUGUGAUUAUUCUGUCAACACAUUCUAGCGGGUUGCAAGGCCGAUCAAGGCCACGAGCAUCAAAAAUCCGACAAAGUCAUUCAAUACUUACCGUCGCGUCACUCAGUUGGAAUCGUGAUAUUCGGGAUUUUCUGCCGCUUCCCAUGAUCGGUUACACCAUCUCACUCGUAUUCUCGGUCACAUACAAACAACUGAGAGAAAGCAAACUUCCAAGUGCGCGCCACACAGCCAUUGACCAAAUCCGUCUAUUUCAUCGAUGUCUCGAGAAAAUGAGCACCACAUGGUGGUCGGCCGCUGUGAUGACUCGUCUAGGCCAGCGUGUGUUGAACAACAUCCAACCCACCAUGGACCAGGAACGUUCCACAGGUCCAAAUAUCAAUAUCACCCGACUAAACUCUCAGCAUGGAUCGAGCCAUAUAUUCCCAACACCACCUACUUCCACUGAUAAUAUACAGUCGCACUCGGCUAUCGACAUUCCGCAUGUGGAGACACGGGCUAAUGCAUAUUAUCAAACCUCACACCCUCUGCCUGAUGACCUACUAGGAUCAGAUAAACCUUCGAAUUUAGAAGUAGACAGCACGGCAUUCUUAACGGCAGGUGAGAUUGAGGAUUUCGACACCUUUUUCGGCAAUUUCCUUGAUGUCGGUUUUCCAAACUCUGCCAAUGAUCAAUUGUUACUAGAUCUGGACAUGCCCGACUUCGAAUUUGUUCAUCACGAUCUGGCUUGA